AUGAUGAAAAAUACAUCAAAACCAUUAUGGGAUCCACGAUCAUUAUCACCAACGAAUAUUAACAAUCAGCAACAGCAACAAGAAGGAAAUACAAUGAUAAGAAAUAUAUCAAAUCAUAAACGAUGCCACGGUAAUCGUAAAUUACGACGUUUGAAAAACAAAUGUCGUCAACGAGGUAUGAAUGAAGAAGAUAUUCAACGAUUUAUUCAAGAACGUCAGCAACAAGAUGCUGAACAAAGAAUUACUAAAACCAACAAUAUCGAACUUCCUCCACCGAUCAAAACGACGACGACUGCAAUAACAAAACAAUCAAUGAUGAAACAAAAAUCAGAAAAACGAAAACGUCUUACAACUUCACUUAGUGUACCAUCCAUAGUAUCGCGAACAUCGAAAAGAAAAAAAACCAGACGUGUGAAAUUAAAAGUGUUAACAGAAAAAUUCCAUGGUCGACUUCCAACCUAUUUGAAAAAAGCACCAAAGAUACUUAUGCAAAGUGUUAGUUUAGAAUUACAACAGAAAUUAAAAACUGUGAAACAAAAACGAUUUCUUUAUUAUCGAUUACAAUUACUUGAUCAGCACCACCGUAUUGAUCAAUACCGAUCUUUAUGGCAGUCCUAUUUAACUAUCGGUUCUUCUUGUAAUUUAUGGCCUAUAUUUUUACAUAAAAAAAUUAAAUCAAAGAAUAGUCAAUCUUUUAAAGAAUAUAUUCAACAUCAUUUGAAUGAGCUUCAACAACAAUAUGAUCAAUGUAUGAAUGAAUUGAAUCAGCAUGGUGAGUUAUGUCCAAAUGUAUUUCAACCAUUAGAUAUUCUCGAUCGGAAACUCAACGACUUUGUUCAAUUACAAAGAAGACGUUUUAUCGAAAGAUUGAAUACUCGAUUAGCUAGAUAUAAAACUUAUAUUGAAGAAAAUAAAUUUUAUCAAGCUAUGUUAUAUCACAUUAAAACUCAAGAACAAAAAUCUAUGAUUGAUCAAUUGAUAUAUAUACGUGAGGAACAAUUAAAAAUAUUUGAACACUAUCUUCGUUUAGAAACACGUAUAUCAUUUGAAUGUUUACCUAAUAUACUCCAUAGUAUCGAAAAUAUGAUUACAUCCAUUCGUUUUCAAUCACGUCUUGACAAUUUUCUUACUAUUCAAUAUCAACAACAACGCUAUAAACUUAUACAAGAAGCUAAACGUAAUUGUUUGAAUAUUUUCUUUCAAGCAUAUGAAAUUCAAUAUCAGCAUUAUGAAAAACAAUAUCAAGAACUUUUCAAACAAUUUGAAUCAAAUAAUAAAACUACAUCUGGUAGUCCGCUGUUGGAAUGUUUUCUUAUCUAUUUGAAUCAUCGAAUUCAUCGAUUGAAACAAGUUAUUUAUUAUGAAAGAAUACCUCUAUUUCGAAGAAAACUUCGACUUCGAAAUCAAUAUUGGAGAGAAAAAAAAAAAUUUUGUAAACAAAUUCAAGUUUCUCCACGUGUCAUUCUUGAUGUUCAUCGAAAUCCAUUUACGACUACUGAAUUAAAAUAUCUUGCAAGAGGUCCAACUUAUAUAAGACCAAAUCAAAGUACACUUCGAUCCAUGAAACAACGACACAAACAAAUUCAAAAUGAGAUCAAUGUUAUAUUAACAAAAAUGAAGAACGGCUUAGCUAAUAUAACAAGAGAUGGAUAUCCAUCAAUACCAAUGACUGCAUCCAUUUAUAAACUGUAUGAAGAACGUCUUCAAACAUGUUUUACUUUUCAAUAUAUGAAAUCAUUACCAUUUAUUGAACAAUUACGUGCGCGAAAAGAAUUAAAAUGGAUUAAAUCAAUUCGACGAAAAUUAAAAAGACAUAAACUUAUUCUUCGUCAAACAGAUAAAAGUGGUGUAUUUCAUAUUGGUCGCCUUUGUGAUUAUGAACGAAAAGCAUAUAAUUAUCGAAAAACAACCGGUGCAUAUGAAGUACUAUCACAAAAUCCAUUAAAUGAUAUCUUUUCUAGUGUAGUCAAUUUACUAAAUCAAUUACGUUCUCAGAAAAGAAUACUAGAACGACAAAAACAAAAAUUGAUACCUAUUCAAAAUAAAACUGAACUUGCUUAUAUGUAUUUUUUACCAAAAUCACAUAAGAAAGGAACACCACUUCGACCGAUUAUUAAUACUAUACAUGCAGCAACAACACAUAUAUCAAAAUAUUUAGAUCAAUCACUUCGUCCAUUAUUUGAUCGAUAUGUUCGUUCGACAACACUUGUUGAUGGUGUUGAUCUUUUAAAUCAACUUGAUCAAUAUAUAAAAAAAGGACAUUUUAAAUCAUCAACAUUGUUUAUUACAUUUGAUAUUACAAAUCUUUAUACAAUGUUACCACAAGAAGAAUCACUUGAAAUUCUUGUUGAAUUUCUUCGUCAACAUCAUUAUCAUCGAAUUCAUGGUAUGUCAAUUGAAACAAUUAUUGAAUUAGCUCGUCUUGUUUUACAAGCAAAUGCUUUUGUCUAUGGUAAAAAAUUUUAUCGACAAAUUAUUGGCGGUGCUAUGGGUUCACCAUUUACUUUAACAUUAGCGAAUAUUUUUAUGUGGAAUUGGGAACGACAAACUAUUCUUCCAAAAUUACCUUCCUAUGAAUUGUAUGGUCGCUAUAUUGAUGAUGUCUUCUUUACAUCAAACGAAAAUGAAACAACAAUUAAAGAAUGGUUAGAUUCUAUUAAUCAAUUUCAUCCAAAUAUUAAAUUAACUUAUACAAUUAGUCAAUGUUUACCAUUUCUUGAUGUUCUGCUACAGAAUCAAAAUGGUACAUUACAUACAUCUGUUUAUCAUAAACCAGCUGCUGAACCAACUCUGUUAUCCUAUGUUUCUGAUCAUCCUCGACAUAUUUUUCGUAAUGCUAUUCAAACAGCACUCAUACGAGCAAUACGAUAUUCUUCCACACUUGAAGCAUUCAAUUUUGAAAGACGUACCAUUCGUUUAACUUUAUUAUAUAAUAAAUAUCCAUCAAUCUACAUCAAUGAACAGUUCCAACAAUUUUUUCUGAAAUAUUUAUCUACAACUUCAGCAAUUCUACCAUUGAUUGAUAAUGAAGAACAAUAUGUGAUAUUACGUAAAAAUUUAUUAGCACAACCAUCAAUUAAACAAAUUCUGAUUGAUAAAAGUGCUGCUACUGUUGAAAAUAUUAUACAAGAUCAAAAUAUUCAAGGCUAUGAAGGGACAACAAACGAAAAAUAUAAUAAAUUUCGAAACAAGCUAUUUAUUCAUUGUCUACAUGAAGGACGAUUCCGAGAUAUACAACGACAAAUACAUGAGAUUCAUGAUAGUUUCUUCAAGAAUACAUUUUAUCAAGAUAUUCGAUUAAUAGUGGGUCAUCGCAAUAAUCCAAAUAUCGAAUUUGAAUUAACAAGAAAACGGCCAUCGUCGUGGUUAUUGAAAAAUGAACCACAACAAAAAAAGUAUUUCUUUUAG